CAUCUGAGAGGAGAGAGAGAGAGAGAGAGAGAGAGAGAGAGAGAGAGAGAGAGACAACACCUUCCCAUCCUGGUUGGAACCCAGUCCAUAGCUCUGGUAGGAAACCAUGCUGAGCAUUGCUAGGCAACCAGCUUUGCUUCUAUGUUGUUAGUCGCUGUUAUACUGACUGAAUAGUGCAAUCAAACCAAUGGCUGAAAUGGCUGGGCUUAGGAGUGAAUUGGUGUUUUGGCUGUGCAGACACUGGGUAUUCGUACUGUAACAAAGCAAUGUAGGCACUUCUUUAGGUGUCUUUCAGACUAGAAUGUGAUGGUUUGGUAAAUUUUUCUAACUGUGUGUCAAGCUUUGAUUGCCUGUAAUGCUCUUCGAGCAUUAGAAAAAACUGUUACAGUGCCAUUCAUACAGUGUUAAAGAAGAUGACUGAAUAUACAUUAGGCUUUAAAUAAUUGUGUGUCUUGCAUUUGAAGUCCUAAAAUAAAUGGCAUAUGCUUUGGUUUACAAGAUAAAUGUGAUCAUGGACAAAUGUACUCCUCAUGGGCUCUGUUUUGUUCUGAGAUACAAACUGCGCUUUUGAAAGAGAAGUAAAACAAAAUGUUGGUAAGCUCCUUUUAUAUCACAUUAAUAUGCGACAAGGUACAGUAUAUCUACACACUAGUGUACCAUAAUCACCUCACAUGGGUUGUAACUUAAAUCAGUUUAGAUAAAACUCCACAGAGGGAUUCUCCAGAGCUUCAGUACCAGGAAAGUGUGACCUGCCUGCACUCGUUUACUGCUUACCAAAAGUUACAUCGAUCAGUGAUAAUUUGUUUGUCCGUUUACUUCCUUAAUCUGUAAGCCUAUCAUCAUCAUCAUAUUUUUGGGUGAUAAGAUGCCGAGGUAGUGAAUAUUGAUCAGGGGCAAGUUUCCCAAAAGCUUUGUCUAGCUAACAUGUAACUUUAUUACUCACUCCUGAAUAGUUCACACCUUGUAUCAUGAAUAAAUUAACCUUGAACAGACCAGGAGAUGAUAGUAAAUAGAAACUGCUACCUGAUGAUAGGGACAAGCCAAACUAAACGGUCAGGACAUACAAUACCUGCAGUCUACUUCCAUGAAGACAGACAGUCUUCAGACUGCACAGACCAGAUGGUAGGCAGACAAACAGUAGACAGCACUGAGGGUUAACACAAAGCACGCAGGUUGUGAGACUUGGCAUCCUGAGCUGAACCAAAGCCAUGGCCUAAACUGCCAAGUGCCACAUACCUUCAGUGAAAUCUCACUCAGGGAUCUUGUUCUUGGGAAACUGCUUUUGUUUAGCAUUGAGGAAGGCUUGGUAUAAUUUAUGUUUCUCAUUCAGCCUGUCACUGUGCCCAUAUAGGUAAUGUACUGUAAAACAUGGUGUUGUACAGUAAUUUGGUGUCAUUGUUUUUAUUAGCCAUCAUAAUCCAGCCUUUUCCAGGUAGUGGUCAAUAAAGAGAGGGUGAAUAUAGGUCAGAGUAUAAAGAGCUGAGUCUAUUAUUUGUCCAACUGAAACUGCAGGUGAGCACUAUGACAACCUUUCACAGACAGACCAUAUUAGUAUAUAAUACGCUCUUACAAUAUGAUAAAGCAGAUUACAUUGUCACAUUAAAUAUUCACUCCAAAAUCAAGAUGUUUUCAGAUUUCAAAUGUGGGCUGAUUUCAGAUGAGCUGUCCCUGGAAUUACCCAUCACUGAACUACAGUGAGGGAAAAACGUAUUUGAUCCCCUGCUGAUUUUGUACAUUUGCCCACUGACAAAGAAAUGAUCAGUCUAUAAUUUCAAUUGAUUUGUAUUUUAAUGAGGGAAAUAAGAAUUUGACCCCUCUGCAAAACAUGACUUAGUACUUGGUGGCAAAACCCUUGUUGGCAAUCACAGAGGUCAGACUGUCACGAUCGCCAAUAAAGUAGGACCAAAGCGCAGCGUUGGGAGUGAACAUGAUGACUUUAAUGUGAAAUAACGACAAAACAAAACACGAUCCGUAACGUCCUCAGUACACCGACUGAACAUAGAACAAAAACCCACAACUAACACAAGAAAACCUACAUCUUAAAUAUGGCUCCCAAUCAGAGAUAACGAGCCGACAGCUGACACUCGUUACCUCCGAUUGGGAGUCAUUGAAUACAAACAAGGAAACACAACCACAACCUAGAAAUAGACACAACAGAACUCCCCACCUAGAAAUAAACGUGACAGACAUGCAACCAUAAAACAUCACCCAAAACCCAACAAAACAACAUACACCCUGGCUCAAAUACACAAGUCCUGGAGCCAGAGUGUGACAGUACCCCCCCCUAAAGGUGCGAACUCCGGGCGCACCAGCAUACAGUCUAGGGGAGGGUCUGGGUGGGCGUCUGUCCACGGUGGCGGUUCUGCCCCUGGUCGUGGUCCCCAUCCCACCUUAGUCACCACCCGCUUCCCUAGCCUCCUCCACAUUACCACCCCCCAACUACACCCCACUGGGUUAAGGGGCGGCACCGGACUAAGGGGCAGCACCGGACUACGGGGAAGUACCGGACUAAGGGGCAGUACCGGACUAAGGGGCAGUACCAGGCUGAAUGGCGGAUACUGGCUGGACGGCUCUGGUGGCUCCUGGCUGGUCGGCUCUGGCGGAUCCUGGCUGGACGGCUCUGGCGGAUCCCGGCUGGACGGCUCUGGCGGAUCCCGGCUGGACGGCUCUGGCGGAUCCCGGCUGGACAGCUCUGGCGGAUCCCGGCUGGCGGCUGGACGGCUCUGGCGGAUCCCGGCUGGACGGCUCUGGCGGAUCCCUGGCUCUGGCGGAUCCUGGCUGGACGGCUCUGGCGGAUCCUGGCUGGACGGCUCAUGGCUGGCUGAUGGAUCUGGCUGCUCAUGGCUGGCUGACGGAUCUGGCUGCUCAUGGCUGGCUGACGGAUCUGGCUGCUCAUGGCUGGCUGACGGAUCUGGCUGCUCAUGGCUGGCUGACGGAUCUGGCUGCUCAUGGCCGGCUGACGGAUCUGGCUGCUCAUGGCUGGACGGCUCUGGCGGAUCCUUGCUGGCGGAAGGCUCUGGCUGAUCCUGGCUGGCGGAAGGCUCUGGCUGAUCCUGUCUGGCAGAAGGCUCUGGCUGAUCCUGUCUGGCGGAAGGCUCUGGCUGAUCCCGUCUGGCGGAAGGCUCUGGCUGAUCCCGUCUGGCGGAAGGCUCUGGCUGAUCCUGUCUGGCGGACGGCUCUGGCUGGACAGGGCUGACGACGCACCCCGUAGGCUCGGGGCGUUGAGCAGGGACAGGCAGAACCGCACUGGGGACACACACCCCUGGCCCUACACGGGGAUCAGGAACGGGCCGGACCGGACUGGAAACACCCCCCAGUACCUCUCGCCGUGCCUCCACACUUUCCAUCCCCUUCGUAACCAGUGGCCCCCUUAAACUGGCGGCCAUAUCUGCCAACCUCUUGCACUCCUCCGGGCCGUACACCUUCUGCCCCGACGUCGUGAGCCCCCCCCCUAAAAAUUUUCUGGGGGUCUCUCCUCUCGGUGGACCAGGCCUCCAUAGUCCUCUCCCAACCUUCACUCUUCUGGCUCCACCACCCGUUAUCCAACUGCUGCUUGGUCUCGUUGUGGUGGGUUUUUCUGUCAUGAUCGCCAAUAAAGUAGGACCAAAGCGCAGCGUUGGGAGUGAACAUGAUGACUUUAAUGUGAAAUAACGACAAAACAAAACACGAUCCGUAACGUCCUCAGUACACCGACUGAACAUAGAACAAAAACCCACAACUAACACAAGAAAACCUACAUCUUAAAUAUGGCUCCCAAUCAGAGAUAACGAGCCGACAGCUGACACUCGUUACCUCCGAUUGGGAGUCAUUGAAUACAAACAAGGAAACACAACCACAACCUAGAAAUAGACACAACAGAACUCCCCACCUAGAAAUAAACGUGACAGACAUGCAACCAUAAAACAUCACCCAAAACCCAACAAAACAACAUACACCCUGGCUCAAAUACACAAGUCCUGGAGCCAGAGUGUGACACAGACGUUUCUUGUAGUUGGCCACCAGGUUUGCACACAUCUCAGGAGGGAUUUUGUCCCACUCCUCUUUGCAGAUCUUCUCCAAGUCAUUAAGGUUUCGAGGCUGACGUUUGGGAACUCGAACCUUCAGCUCCCUCCACAGAUUAUCUAUGGGAUUAAGGUCUGGAUACUGGCUAGGCCACUCCAGGACCUUAAUGUGCUUCUUCUUGAGCCACUCCUUUGUUGCCUUGGCCGUGUGUUUUGGGUCAUUGUCAUGCUGGAAUACCCAUCCACGACCCAUUUUCAAUGCCCUGGCUGAGGGAAGGAGGUUCUCACCCAAGAUUUGACGUCCCUUUGAUGCAGUGAAGAUGUCCUGUCCCCUUAGCAGAAAAACACCCCCUUAGCAUAAUGUUUCCACCUCCAUAAUGUUUCCACCUCUUGUUUGACGGUGUUCUUGGGGUCAUAGGCAGCAUUCCUCCUCCUCCAAACACGGCGAGUUGAGUUGAUGCCCAAGAGCUCCAUUUUGGUCUCAUCUGACCGCAACACUUUCACCCAGUUCUCCUCUGAAUCAUUCAGAUGUUCAUUGGCAAACUUCAGACGGGCAUGUAUAUGUUCUUUCUUGAGCAGGGGGACCUUGCGGGUGCUGCAGGAUUUCAGUUCUUCACGGCGUAGUGUGUUACCAAUUGUUUUCUUGGUGACUAUGGUCCCAGCUGCCUUGAGAUCAUUGACAAGAUCCUCCCGUGUAGUUCUGGGCUGAUUCCUCACCGUUCUCAUGAUCAUUGUAACACCACGAGGUGAGAUCUUGCAUGGAGCCCCAGGCCGAGGGAGAUUGACAGUUCUUUUGUGUUUCUUCCAUUUGCGAAUAAUCGCACCAACUGUUGUCACCUUCUCACCAAGCUGCUUAGCGAUGGUCUUGUAGCCCAUUCCAGCCUUGUGUAGGUCUACAAUCUUGUCCCUGACAUCCUUGGAGAACUCUUUGGUCUUGGCCAUGGUGGAGAGUUUGGAAUCUGAUUGAUUGAUUGCUUCUGUGGACAGGUGUCUUUUAUACAGGUAACAAACUAAGAUUAGGAGCACUCCCUUUAAGAGUAUUCUCCUAAUCUCAGCUCGUUACCUGUAUAAAAGACACCUGGGAGCCAGAAAUCUUUCUGAUUGAGUGGGGGUCAAAUACUUAUUUCCCUCAUUAAAAUGCAAAUCAAUUUAUAACAUUUUUGACAUGCGUUUUUCUGGAUUUUGUUGUUGUUAUUCUGUCUCUCACUGUUCAAAUAAACCUACCAUUAAAAUUAUAGACUGAUCAUUUCUUUGUCAGUGGGCAAACGUACAAAAUCAGCAGGGGAUCAAAUACUUUUUUCCCUCACUGUAUAUUUGAUCUUAAAUUGUACAUUUACUGUAGAUGCUCCAAAAGGUUAAACUAUAGAUAGGCAUUCUCCUCCACAAAUUCCAGAUAAAUGGACUACAGUCUAGACAAACAGUAAAAAAUGUGACAAGGCCAUUACAAGUACAGUGCUGCAACCUUCAAUAUUCUUGUCAUAGGCCUCAGUGCCGACCUGCAAUUCUAAUGUAUAUUUACAUAUUACAUGCAAAUAUAGUUGUGGUGAAUUGUUUUCUCAACAACAGUUAAAUGAACGUAGCCAUGUUGUUGGCACACUAUUGACAUUUCACGGGCAGUCCUUUAUGGUAGGGCUACGGAGAAGAUACAGUGCCCACCUGCUGUAGCACUACUGACGUCUUCCCAUAGAUAUUAAAAUAACUAUUCAUUGAUGUUAUUUAUGUUAUAUUUACUUUUACAAUGACACUUCAUUUCCAAUUCUUUAGAACUUUAUUUGAACUUGUUUUUAAACUUUAAUCGUGUCAUUAAAGUCAAAGUUGAUCUGACCAUGGCAUUGGGAAGUGUUUUAUUUCUUCAUUUAUUUUUCCAGUAUACAGAACUAUAAUGGCUAUUGUCUACCCUAUUGCAUAAGCAUAUUGCACACUGGAUGAAUAAUAUGUAUACUAUUAUUUAAUUGGCAUUAGCAACUAUAAUUACCUGAGUAUCAGCACUGUUAAUAUGUGUUGAUAUCCUAAGGGGAUGUAGUUCUGAAAAUAAGGAACUGCACAGUAACCUAAUCUAUUUAAAACACAGACAUGUAAUUUAAAGGAAGAGCUUGUUUUAUGUAUCUGGGUUGUCAAUCAUACAUGUCCUGCAGGCGUUUCUGCACUAAACUGUCGAGUUCUCCGGUAUUAACACAUCAUUGUGUGCACCGUGUGUGAUUACACUGUAGCCUACCAAUCACCUUGUUUACGGUUUUACUCCAUACUGAAUGUAUGUGUCUUUCUCCCCAAGCUCUGGACCAUGGUCCGUCAUACCACCUGUAUCAUGAGCAUCCCUUCCACUGCCAGCAUUGAGAGCCAGCUGCCCACAACAUGGAGCUCCUACCCCUGCUCAGACAGUGAGGACUAGUUUAGUUGCUCAAUGGCUUUUUCAGUGAAUUGCUCUGCUGGUUUAAUUAUUUACAAAUACCUGGGCUAGCCGGAGUUAAUAUUUUUUCACUACACCCCCAGCACACUCAAAGUGUGAAAAAAACACACUUAAUCUCUACCUUUACCCCUGACCCCAGUUUCCACAGUGAUGCCUGGUUACACCAGUCGCCUGUGGUCCCAGGACUCCCAGCCUCAGUAUUGGUCGAAGUAUCAGGUGUGGGAGUGGCUGCAGCAGAUGCUGGAUAUGCACCAGAUCGACGCUGCCAGCAUCCCCUUCCAGAACUUUGACGUGGACGGACGUCAGCUGUGCAGCAUGACCUAUCAGGACUUCACCCGUGCUGCGGGCACCGUGGGGCCUAUCCUCUACCACAGCCUCACCGAGCUCAAAUGGAGCGGUGGGUUCACACACUGAGCUGUAACGUCCUCUGUUAUUGUUAGUGUCUUAUGUUUAUCAGAAUGGAGGCCAGGUCAGGCCAUGCAUUGUUGAAACAUAUUGUGAUAGAUUAGGUCAUCAAAUGUUGAAUAGUAGUAUUUCAUUUCAACAACACUUGAGGCGGUUAGAAUACCACAAAAAAACAGGAACAGCAAAUUGAACCAGCGUAGGAGGAUCAAGGAUUUAGGAAUUCAGUAUCAAGUUUGAUUAACACAAAAUAAAGAAAGCCCAUGUUGUUACUGUAAGUGUAAUGGCAUUACCCUUAAAUGACCCCUUGUUUCUCCAUGUCAUCCCUACACAGGUCAGUAUCCUGGUGUGGAGUUUUCACCACUGGACGUUAUCAAAUCAGAGCCAGAUGGUAAGAGCCCUCAAAAGCACCAUAGACAAACACUGGCAUGAACGCAACGUCAUGUACUUCAAGUCAUCCCUAACAAGCUCAUCGAGUUAUUACAUAUCUAUGCAUGUCUCAACUUGUUUGACGCUAGUUAAUUAAUAAAUGAUGUAAGUUGAAACGAGUCUGUUAUUUGACAAAACGCUUCAGCUGGGCGGCAGGUAGUCUAGCAGUUAAGAGUGUUGGGCCAGUAACCGAAAGGUUGCUGGUUCGAAUCUCCAAGCCGACUGGGUGAAACAUCUGCCGAUGUGCCCUUGAGCAAGGCACUUAACCCUAGUUGCUCUGGAUAAGAGUGUCUGUUAAAUGACUAAAAUGUUAAAUGUAUGUAAUACCUCUUAAGCUUACAUACAAGCUUAAUGUGCUCUCCUGUUCUAGUAGAUUUCCCUUGCCCAUUCACAGAACCUAGCAUCUAUCCUGCAGGUAGGUACCACAUUGGAAUGGAUAUGAUUUUGGAGAAAAUUCAACAUUUUAAUUAACUUACGGACAGCAUUAUUUUUUACAUGUUGACAUUUCUUUACUUUUUAGAUAUUUACGAUCCCUCGUUUCAAUCCCUCGCACCUGUGACCUCGCCCACUCCCUCCAGUCCAGGUAAGAAACAAGACCAAAGAUGAAAACCUAUAAAACAUUAUGUAAACACACUAAUUGGAAUGAGCCCCGAUCCCAGGGAAGACAUCAACUUACAGUAGCCUCCAAAGAAAAUAUUACUUCAUCGUGGUCCUUUGUAGCUCAAUUGUUAGAGCAUGGUGCUUGUAAUGCCAGGGUAGUGGGUUUGAUUCCUGGGACCACCCAUACUUAAAAUGUAUGCACGCAUGACUGUAAGUCGCUUUGGAUAAAAGCGUCUGCUAAAUGGCAUAUAUUAUUAUAUUACUAAGCAAACAGAGUGGCAAUACAAGGCUAUUGAGUAAAGUCCAUGAACGUUCAGUGAGUGAUCAUUUUGGGAAUGAGGCAGCUGAGUCUACUCCUUAUCACUAAACAACAUCACCACAACGUCUCUGAACAAACUCAUCCUGUUUAUGUUCCCAUAUGAAUUGCUCCAUAGAAUUAAUCUGAAAUGUGUAAGACAGAGGUACAAAGGUUAGGCUAACACGUGUGGAUUAGUGAUUGGGGAAAAAUCUAUACAAUUACAUAAAGGAAUAUUAUUUUGGGACGAUAUUAUAUCGAUAUUUGACUCGUAGUAUGGAUUCGUAAAAAAUAUAUAUAUAUCUACUGUAGGUAGCGAUAGCUAGCGGGCUGUACCUCCAUCGAAACUACAAUAUUUUUCAUCCUAUAGCUUGUUCUUGAUCUUCUUUUUAAAUAGUAUCCAACAUGUUUUCAGCGCUUUUAUUUCCCAGACUGAUCAAAACUCGUUUUUUCAUGCUCUCUCUACAGCAGACAUAUAGCGAGCAAUACGUUUCGAACAUCAAAUCGCAUGCAUUGAAUCAGAACCUAAGUAUUGUGAUAAUAACCCAUCAUGAGGUCCCUGGCAAUUCCCAGCCCUAGUGUGGAUAUAAAAUGCAUUAUACUUCACAGCUAUGUUUAAUUCAGUUGGUGGGUGCUUAUAUGUGUCCUAUUUCAAGUGUGAAUUGGAAGUGUGUUUUUUGCACAUCCCAACUCCCCCUGAGAGGGGAAUCACAGCCAGGAUCUGCCAUUGUCAACUGCUACUCUGGAGCAUUUAGGGUUAAGUGCCUUGCUCAUGGGCACAUCAACAGAUUAUUUCACCUUGGGGAUUCAAACUAGCAACCUUUUGGGUACUGGCCCAAUGCUCUAACCACUAGGCUACCUGCUGCUGUAGGUUAGUUGGUUGGACUACUAUGAUGCUAGACCCACUUGUGGGUUCGAUUGCCACAUAUACCAAAUGUAUUAAAUAUCUUUAUUUUAAAUUGUUUUAAGCAUCUGCUAAAUGACCAUAUCUGUUUAUUAAUUUACUUUCAGACACAAAGAGAUCUCACAGUCGCCCUCAUCAGGUCAAAAAACACAGUGAGUAGUAUUUACAUGAACAUUUUCAAUACUAUCGUAUCAUAUAUUUUAAUGUAAAUACUCAAUGGGGUGAUGGCUACAUGCUGAACAUUUUUCCCAUGCUAUAACUGAUGUGCAGUAGAUGGUUCCAAUGUCCACCACCUGUGUAUUUUUCCACAGACCCCCGGGGGACACACCUGUGGGAGUUCAUUAGGGACAUUCUGCUGAACCCGGAGCGGAACCCAGGCCUGAUCAAGUGGGAGGAUCGGACAGAUGGCGUGUUCCGCUUCCUCAAGUCAGAGGCUGUGGCUCAGCUGUGGGGCAAGAAGAAGAACAAUAGCAGCAUGACCUACGAGAAGCUCAGCCGAGCUAUGAGGUAGAGACUGAAAGGAUUAGGGGGAGUUUCAUGUUUAUUUCCUGGUUCACAUGUUAAGAAGGAAGUCAUUUUGGCUGUUCCGUUAAGGUCCCUGUUCGUACCAUUCCAGAUAUUACUACAAACGGGAAAUCCUGGAACGUGUAGAUGGACGAAGGCUGGUCUACAAGUUUGGAAGGAAUGCACGAGGAUGGAGGGAGUCAGAGAAG